UCCAUCCCAUCACAUACCCUUAAGUGUCGUAAACCAUCUUUACUGGAAAUGAAACUCAUCAUUGUCUUCAAGAAGUUGAAGCAGCAAGAAACCUGCACUUAAAAAACUCAACAAAACCUGACAGUCUAGAUUUGCUGGUUCCCAGUCGUAUAUUUGGGAAUUGUAAGAAAAACCAAAUGUCCAAACAAACUUACAGGGUUUGUUUCUGCUUCCAGAGGAGGUUUAGGCUGGCAGUUUCAGAGGCACCAGAGGAUAUCAAGAAACUGUUCGAACAAUACUCCGAGAAUGGGAUAAUGACCAUUGAUGGACUGCAGAGGUUCUUGGUCGAGGUUCAGAAAGAAGAUAAGGCUACCAGAGAAGAUGCUCAGAAGAUUAUUGAUAGUGUUAAACAUUUUCAUAGAAAGGGUGUAAACCUCGAAGCUUUUUUUAAGUACCUCUUUGGUGAUAUUAAUCCUCCUCUUGCUUCUCUUGGGGUUCACCAUGAUAUGAGUGCUCCUUUGUCUCAUUAUUUCAUAUAUACUGGUCACAAUUCUUACCUUACUGGGAACCAACUCAGUAGUGAGUGCAGUGAUGUCCCCAUCAUAAAUGCACUUAAGAGAGGUGUCCGGGUGAUAGAAUUGGAUAUAUGGCCGAAUUCGACGAAAGAUGAUGUCGAUGUUCUUCAUGGAGGGACAUUGACUACUCCAGUGGAACUCAUCAAGUGUUUGAGGUCUAUUAAAGAGUAUGCUUUUGUAGCCUCAGAAUAUCCGGUUGUCAUAACUCUGGAAGAUCACCUUACGCCAAAUCUUCAGGCUAAAGUUGCUGAGAUGGUCACUCAAACAUUUGGAGAGAUCUUGUUUUCUCCUGGCCCGGAAUGUUUCAAAGAGUUCCCCUGUCCGGAAUCAUUGAAGAGACGCAUAAUCAUAUCUACAAAACCGCCAAAGGAAUACCUGGAGGCGAAAGAAGUUAAGGAUAAAGAGGAUGAUUCACAAAGGGGUAAGGCCAGUGAUGAAGAAGCUUGGGGAAAUGAAGUUCCGGACCUUAAAGGCAGUCAUGUAGCCAAUUACAAGAAUGAUUUGGAUGAAGAAGAUGAGGAAGAUACAGAUGAUGGAGAUAAGUCGCAGCAUUCUCUAGCCCCAGAAUAUAAACAUUUAAUCGGCAUUCUUGCUCGGAAGCCCAAGGGUGGAUUAGAUGCGUGGCUAAGGGUGGAUCCUGAUAAAGUGACACGUCUUAGCAUGAGUGAGCAAAAAUUUGAAAAGGCUGUAGUAACUCAUGGAAAACAAAUUGUAAGGUUUACGCGGCGGAAUGUUCUUCGGGUGUAUCCGAAGAGUACUCGUUUUGACUCGUCGAAUUACAACCCACUAAUUGGCUGGAUGCAUGGAGUUCAAAUGGUUGCAUUUAAUAUGCAGGGUCACGGAAGAUCCUUAUGGUUGAUGCAUGGAAUGUUCAAAGCCAAUGGGGGAUGUGGUUAUGUGAAAAAGCCAGAUUUUCUAUUGAACGCUGAGGAAGUCUUUGAUCCGAAAAUCAAGUUACCAGUGAAAACAACUUUGAAGGUGACUGUGUAUAUGGGAGAAGGAUGGUAUUAUGAUUUCCAUCACACCCAUUUUGAUGCGUAUUCGCCACCGGACUUUUACUCGAGGGUGGGGAUUGCAGGAGUUCCAGCAGACUCAGUAAUGAAAAAAACAAAGAUUUUAGAAGAUAACUGGUUGCCUUCAUGGAAUGAGGUGUUUGAGUUCCCUUUAACUGUCCCUGAACUGGCUCUACUUCGGAUUGAAGUUCAUGAAUACGACAUGUCUGAAAAGGAUGACUUUGGAGGCCAAACAUGUCUUCCGAUUUCCGAGCUAAGAAGUGGGAUCCGAGCAGUGCCCCUUUACAGCCGGAAGGGUGAAAAAUACAAUUCCGUUAAGCUCCUUAUGCGCUUUGAAUUCAUCUAGUCCCCUUGAAGGAGAGUUGGAGUUUCAGCAUUUCUAAAACCAACUUCAAAUUGUUUGAUAAUACUUGCGAGCUUGCGUGCAGACUGCAGAGCAAUUAUCUAUUACAUGUUAGCUCUUGCAAUAAUAUAUAUAUCAGCCAUGUCAGUAAUUUGUAAUAUAUAAUUAUGUGACAGACAAAGAACCUUACACUGUUUAUGUAGUAAGCAAUAAGUCUGAUCUAUAACAUUUAUCUGCUAUCAUCACUUGUUUGUUUUUUUUAA